AUGUCUACUUCAUCUUCUCCUAAACUUUUUCAACCAAUCAAAAUAGGUCGGAUGACUCUCCAGCACCGACUUGCGCUCUCACCCCUCACUCGCUUUCGCGCCGACGAAGGGCAUACACCCAUACUUCCCAUAGCUCAAAAUUAUUACACCCAACGAGCGAGCACACCGGGUACCUUGCUCAUCACUGAAGCAACGUUAGUUGGUGCAAAAGCGGGAGGAACCAAUAAUAUCCCAGGAAUAUGGUCUGACACGCAAAUCGCUGCCUGGAAGGAGAUUACCACAUCUGUUCAUGCGCGUGGCUCAUUCAUUUAUCUUCAAAUGUGGGGCCUCGGUAGGGCUGCGUUGCAAGACGUCCUAAGUGCAGAGGGAUUAGACUAUGUCUCCGCGUCAGAUGUUCCCCUCACCUACCAACCGACGCCUCCCCCCCGGCCCCUAACAAUCCCCGAGAUAAAGGAAUACGUCCAGCUGUUUGCGAAGGCAGCUUCCAACGCUGUCCACCUCGCCGGCUUCGACGGGGUGGAGAUCCACGGCGCAAAUGGGUAUCUCAUCGACCAGUUCUUCCAGGAUGUGUCGAACAAACGUACAGACCAGUAUGGUGGCAGCCCAGAGAAUCGUGCAAGGUUUGCACUUGAAGUCCUGGAGGCCGUGUCCAAGGAGAUUGGUGAAGACCGAACAGCUGUCCGGAUUAGCCCCUGGAGCAGGUUCCAGGAGAUGGGGAUGACCAACCCCAAGCCGACCUAUUCCUACUUCGUGUCGCAGCUCAAGGAGCGGUUGCCGAAUCUGGCGUAUCUGCAUGCUAUUGAGCCACGAGUGGCAGAUGGCAAAGAUAUUGGACUUCGUCCUGUAGCAGAUGGAGAGGGAAAGGGAAAUACACACGUUGAAGAAGAGAAUAAUUUCCUUCGAAGGAUCUGGUCCCCCAAACCUUUCAUCAGCGCUGGUGGAUAUACCCGGGACCUUGCAUUGAAAGCGGCUGAGCAUGGCGAUAUCGUUGCUAUCGGCCGUUAUUUCCUCGCCAACCCCGAUCUACCACUGAGGUGGAAGGAUGAUUUGCCUCUGAAUACGUAUGAUCGGUCGACUUUCUAUGUUCCUGGCGAUGCCAGUGGCAAGGGUUAUUCGGACUACCCUUUCAUUGACGGAACUACUAGACUCCCACCAGUCGUUGCCGCCACCGCCCCGUUGCCCCAUCCGAUGGGCGAAGUCUCGUCCGGGAAGUCUUCUAUGCCGUCGCUCCAUGAUAAUGGCGUGAACUGCAUGGCGUAG